UUGCAUCUUUUUUGCUUUAAACACUUUUUUUCAAAUUGUUAUAUUGUUUCGAAUAUUUUAGGCAAUAAAAGAGUGAGCGUUUUUCACUAUACGGAUCGAAAAUCCGGUCGUGGUUAUUCAAAUUUUGCCUCUACAAUUUAUCCAAAUCGACCAUAUAUAUGGCCUCCAUUUCGAAAACUUUAUCGUUGGAAUUUUAUCUUUGCUUUUAUUCUCGUCUUUGCCAGUUACGAAAGCAAAUUUUAUGGUCAUUCUGAACCAAACAUUGGUGAGAAUGAUCGAGAAAAAAAGAAAAAAAAGAAAAGAAAAGUUGGAUUUCGUGAACGGCGAAUUAUAGAAUACGAGAAUCGCUUAAGAUGCUAUUCAUCAAUUGAUAAAAUAUUUCGUUAUUUCGCUUCUAUAAAGAAAGAUAGUCCAUCGCGACCAUACGAAAUUUUUAUGACACCCGAAGAUUUUGUUAGAUCUAUCACUCCUGGAAUCAUGCAGCCUCGUAACUUGGGUUUGGAUCAGUACAAAACGUAUGAAGAAUAUAAACGUGAACUUGUUACUUCAAAAGGUGUUUUUGCUAAACUCGGUGAAUAUGGCUUAAUUAAUUACAAUGACUACCUGUUUCUAAUGACUUUGCUGUCAGCUUCUGCAAAAGAUUUUAAAUUAGCUUUCAAGUUGUUUGAUGUGAAUGGAAAUGGUGAACUAGACAAAGCGGAAUUCGAAUAUGUACAGGAACUUAUUAUGAUGCAAACAAUGAUUGGUCAGAAACAUCAUGAACGUGCAGGCCUAUAUAAUAAACAGAAUUUAAAUUCUACUUUAAAAUCUUAUUUUUUUGGUGAAGAUGGCUCAAAGAAAUUAUCUAUCGAUGAAUUUCUUAUAUUUCAGGCGCAUUUGCAUCGCGAUAUAUUAAAAAUAGAAUGUGAACGUCGUGAUGCUGAAUUUUCAGGAAAGGGAAAAAUUUCGGAAGUUUCAUUUGCUGAAAUAUUAUUACUUCACUCAUGUUUAACUGAUGUUAAAAAACGAGUAAUGUUAAAACGAGUUAAAAAAAAAUUUGGAAAUAAUUCGAAUGAAAAAACGGGUGUUACUUUGGAUGAAAUCUAUUCUUUUUUUUGCUUUCUUUAUUAUAUUGAAGAUGUUGAUUUGGCCCUAAAUUUUUACAACAUAGCUGGUGCAGCGAUCGAUGCUGAGCUGUUGAAAAGAGUUGCAAGGAAAGUCACUGGCUGUCAUAUUUCAGACCACGUUGUUGAUAUCGUCAUUACAUUAUUUGAUGAUAAUCAAGACGGCCGAUUAUCUCAAAAGGAAUUUAUUUCAAUUAUGAAAAAACGAAUGAAUAAAGGCCUAAGACGAUCUAGAGAUACACGUUUGAUGAAACUUAUUGGUGCAACGAAUCAUUGUGUUGUGGAGCAACUGAAAAAUAGUUUUUAUUAUCAUUAG